AUCAGACAGUAAAACUAUCUUCUUCGAUGUUAGUACGUAUCAUCAAUGUUAGUGAUGUAUAAGACAAUGCAAUAGGACUGGUGUCCUUGCUCGGUUGAGAUGGACUGCACAAUAGAAAUAGAACACUGACCUCUCCAACGCUAAUAGGUUACGGGAGAGUCCUUCGGUGCUCGAUAAUAUGCCGAGGGGCUUCCAGUCUUUGUCGAGAUGUUCUCUCAUCGGUUAGCCCGUCUUUCGUGGACUCUUUUGUGACUUCUUUUUUGACGGGGCACCUCGGCUCUUGAUUGUCAGUGGACGAGAGAGAUGAUAUAUACAAAGAUUAGAUCAUGGCAGACAAAGGAAUAAUUUGAUUGAUUGGAAAAAGCGAAGCGAAAUCCGUCUAAAAGGCCUCUGAUUCGGCGAUUAACCCUAUCAAGCCGACUGGGUUUUUGAUUCAAAUCGGUUUGGCUGGUAGCAGGAGAGACGGCGAAAAGAAUUAAGAACCCAAAUUCUUAAUAACCCAUUGUCUACCCUUCAGGGCUGUAAUCUUCCCAUAACAAAGCACAAUUCCACUUCAACGACCCAACAAACGGCGCCAGGCUUUCCCCGCUAACUUCUACACAGAGAGACGGCGUUGUCGACGACUUUCCCCCUCUCUCUCCCUCUGUUCCUCUCAAAUCAGAAUCCAAAUUCCAGAUUAUCAUUGUCAGAAUUCAGAGCCAACUAAUCCGAAACCGUAAUUUCCAACGUCCCCUGGGUUUCACGGAAAGCGCUCGCGAUUCCCCGCUUUUCCGACUGUCCACCUCUUCAAUUAAUAGUUGCCGUUUUGAGACCUCAAUUCGAUUCUCUUUGUGGGUUGUUAAACCGAAAGCAUCUGAUAGAACCCGGAAGCUCACUUGCUCGCGCUUGAGUCUGUAGAGUCUGGGACACAAAUAUGUAUCAUGCGAACAAAGUUUCAACUGUGAGCUUAGUGCCGCGUAGAACUCAAGAUGCUGAACAAGUUUCCAAUGUUGAAAGCUUAGGUGGAGCUGGAGUAAAGACUAUCACUCCUCUUGGAGGUGCUGGGAAACAGCGUUUGCGGUGGACUUCAGAUCUUCAUGACCGCUUUGUGGACGCAAUCACACAACUAGGGGGACCAGACAAGGCAACACCGAAAGGUGUCCUAAGCUUGAUGUGUGUCCCUGGACUUACCAUUUAUCACGUGAAAAGCCAUUUACAGAAGUGUCGCCUUGCAAAAUACCUGCCAGAGUCUUCAGCUUAUGUUUUAGGUUCCAAAGACGAGAAGAAAGGCUCUGCAGAAAGCCCCUCUGACAUGGAUUCUUCCUCGGGAGUUCAAAUCAAUGAAGCAUUGAGAUUGCAGAUGGAGGUCCAGAAGCGUUUACAUGAACAACUUGAGGUGCAGAGGCAGUUACAAGUAAGGAUAGAAGCCCAGGGUAAAUACUUGCAGAAGAUCGUUGAGGAGCAGCAGAAACUAGGUGGGGUGCUAAAAGAUUCCAAGCCACUGGUCGAGGAGAACAAAACGGCCUCUCCAACUGAGAUGCCUAGAACUGGCCCAACAGAAGCGUCUUCUCCCCGUAAGAAACCAAGGAUGGAUGAUGGUUUGAGAGAUGACAGCUGCUGUUCUCUAUUUCCUGCAGAAACCCGACCAGAAGAAAUAUCUUAAUUGGGACCAAAACUUGUGUCUUGGACAUGGGAUUGACUAGCUAUCUGACACCCUACAGCUUGCAUUGAUGCUGAGAAUGGACAGAUCCAAGAACUCCACAAAUCAUAAGAGCAAAGAUGAAAUCAAUGUUGCAUUGGCGGGAAACUUGACUUGCCAUACAUGGUGAAAGCACUGUAUAUGGUCUCAUUUAGUAUGCUUUUCUAAGAGUGUAAUAAGAUGUAAAAUCUAUUCUAUCAAUUCUCAGUCACUAUUUCGAACUCCUA